AUGACAGGAACCACACUUGAAGAACUUCUCUCUGAUUUGGGACUGAAAGACCACAUUAAAACGAAGCUGACACUGAGUAAAGUGCUUGAGAUAGGAGAUAGAAGUGCAUUGGAUGAACCAGCUCAGUCCCUGAAGGCACUUCCAGGAUGUGUUUUGAACAGACUGAUGAUGGCGAAUGUAACUGCCAGAAGUACACAGUACACCCCUUCAGACGAAGAGGCAUCACUCAAUGGAAGAGAGUGUAACAGUCUGGUGAAGGAUCUGGAUAAUGCCAUUAAUCCUCUAGACAUCAUGACAGCUCUGUUUCUCUGUUGUGAUUCUUUCCUUCAACUGGAAUUGUUUGUAAAAAUGUCCAUGUGCCAAUUUGCUGUGCCCCUCCUGCUUCCAAACUGUGAUACAGAGAAAUGCACAUUAAUGCUGUGGGCCAUGAGAGACAUCAUUAAGAAGAUCCGGCCCAACAUCAUGGCUGGCUCGUCAUUCAUAGAGAACAGCAUUGUUCUUGCUGAUCUCCCUAUGGUGUCUUUUGUCAGGCUGGGCAAUGUUAGUGUGUCUAAAUCACAGUUUUUGAACAAGCUGCUGAGCAAUCCUCAGCAGUACCAUGACACUUUUGUUCAUCAUGACAUGGAAUGUGGAGACAGACCCAGAAGGCUCUCAGAUGGUUUGGUGGAAAUCAGUUGGUACCUACCAUCUGGAAAAAAAAACAUAGACAUCUUCACAGAGCCUUUGGCUGUGGCUAACCUCAGAGGGGAUGUCAGGUCCUUUGAGACUCAGUACAGGUUUCUGUGUCAGACGUCAGCAGCAGUUUUUGUUUUCUUUGAAGAUUUUGAACUCAGUCCCAAAUACUUCACUGUCGGUGACAUGAAAGCUCAGCUAUUUGUAAUAAUUUCUCAGGGAGAAACAUUGCAGCAUGAUUCUGAUGCACUGCAAAAAAUGGCGGCAAAAUGUAAGAUCCAAUCUAGUAAUUUAAUUGUGAAGACCACACAGAAUGACACAAAUUUUGUGAAGAAUGUGCGUACCACAGUGAGACAUGUUAUUGAGAAAAGCCCGCAUAAAAUGAGAGUGGAGGAGAUGUCUGGUGUUGCCCAUGAGUUAGGCAUUCUGGUGGAUGAAGAUCAUGAUGAAUGCCAGAGAGCCAAGCAGAAAGCUGAUGAAAUCACAUGCAAGAUAAAGGACACAGUGAGGUUCAAGGAGACUCAGCUACCUUUACAAGGGGAGAUCUGGAAAGAACUCUCUCAGUUAGAGAAGGAGAAGUCCAGACUAAGGCAGGCGGGAGAUCAGGAGAUCGAACAUUACAAAAGUUCACUUGAGAAAAAAGAAAGGGAACUGAGAGAAAAGCAGCGGGGUUUUAAUAUGACAGAAGCCAUGUCAAGCUUCAUUACUGGAAUGUCAGUUUCAGGCAUAGAGCGAUCCUAUUUCCUGAAGUGGAUGAGAAUUAAUUUGGAUAACCUGUCACGUAAGAGCCUCUCUGGUUUGCGGGAGAAAUAUAAAGAGUAUUGUAAAACUUCUGGAGAAAAAAAAGAGAUGAUUGUGGAUCUUGAUGAACAAAUUUCAAACAGCUCCUUAGGAACUGAACACUUCCUUCGUGAAAUGGGACAGCUGUAUGAAUCUGCAUGUUCCAUCUCUGACAAUAGCCCAGGAAGAAAACAAAUACAGGAUCUGCCUAAGUUUGGUGCACAGAUGCUCCUGGAUGGUUUCCCUCUAGAGCUUGUUGAUGGAGAUGCAUCAAAUAUCCCAAUAAAAUGGAUAUCUGAAGUACUGUCUAAUCUCCACAGCCUUGUAAACUCCAACACUAAGAUUCGUGUGGUCACUGUGCUGGGGGUCCAGAGCACUGGGAAGUCCACCCUGCUCAAUACCAUGUUUGGGGUGCAGUUUGCUGUCAGCAGUGGCAGGUGCACAAGGGGUGCCUUCAUGUUGCUCAUCAGAGUCAAGGACAAAUUUAGAGAGCAGCUUGGCUGUGAUUUUCUCAUGGUCAUUGACACAGAAGGGUUAAAGUCCCCAGAACUGGCCCAGCUGGCUGACAGUUAUGAGCAUGAUAAUGAACUGGCCACUCUGGUGGUGGGACUGAGUGACAUCACAAUCAUCAACAUCGCCAUGGAGAACUCCACAGAUAUGAAGGACAUCCUGCAGAUUGUGGUUCAUGCCUUCCUGCGCAUGAAGGAGGUGGGGAAGAAACCCUGCUGUCAGUUCGUGCAUCAGAAUGUGGCUGACGUCUCUGCCCGUGACAAUAACCUGAGAGGAAGGAAAGUUCUGUUGGAGCAGCUAGAUGAGAUGACCCAAGCAGCAGCCAGAAUGGAGAAGAGGGGUGACAGCAAGUUUACAGAUGUCAUGAAUUAUGACCCAGAGAAGAACACAUGGUACAUCCCUGGCCUUUGGCAUGGCAAUCCACCUAUGGCAGCAGUCAGUACGGGUUACAGUGAGGCUGUGAAUGAGCUCAAGAGCAGCGUGAUUGAGGCAUUAAAAGAGCUCAAAGAGACCAGACCUGCACACACAUUUCCUGAGUUCCUGAAGUGGACAAGGAGCUUGUGGACGGCAGUGAAAUGUGAGAACUUUAUCUUCAGCUUUCAGAACAGUCUAGUGGCUGAGGCUUACACCAAGCUGUGCAAAGAAUUCAACAGGUGGGAUUGGACUUUCCGGAAACACAUGUAUAACUGGGUGAUAGAGGCUGUGACUAAAGUGUCAAACUUUGACACAGAAACCCUGACAGCUCAGUAUGGAUCCAACAUGGAUGAACUAUUGACAAGUCUGAAAAAUGAGGGAACUGCUGAGCUAGACAAAUCUGAGAAACAGAUUUUAAAGAACACAACUGAAUAUUUCAAGAAAAAGGACGGCCACGUGUACCUAGUAGAGAAGUACAAGCAGGAGUUCAUGAACAGUGCUAAGAACCUGAGGAGAGAGAUGCAAAAUACAGUGGUAAUGAAACUUGAGUCAGCAGUGGACAAUAAAAAGGGGAUGGCCAGUGUAGAGAGCAUCAAGAAAAGAUACAAAACCAUCAUGGAGCAGCAAGUGCUCCAGUUACUUGAUUAUCACAGGACAGAAGAGACUCAGAUGUCAGAUAAACAGUUGGAGAUGGAAUUUGAAAAGAUGUGGAAGAAGACCAUGGAGUCCCUAUCUGUAAGUGGACUGCAGAGACAAAAUGUUGUUAAAGAAAUUCGCAGUCUACUAGAAUCCAACCUGAAGACAAAAGCAGGCACAGUCCACGAAAGGCUGUCCAAAGUCACUCAUUUGGAAGAAUGUGGGAAAGAGCCCUUUAUCAUUAGUCAUGUAGAUAGAAAUUAUCUUGUGAGGCUUUUUAACAAUUACAUCAAUCAUGCACAGACAAAGAAAAUGCAAGAAAUGUCUGACAGCAUCAUUAAUAAAAGCAGGAAAUUAAUUGCUAACAAGCUGGAAACAAGAACAGACUUCCAAAAAAUAUACAUGUUGGAGCUGCUAGGAAUGAUAGAUGAGCACCUGGAGAACCACAGGCAUCUGCAACUCUCUGAUGACUUUGAGGCCUCUCUGAAGAUUCACAUCUGUGGGCAUGCAGCCAGGGAAUUCCAGCAGAUGCACAAUGUUUUUAUCAGUGACAAUGACCCCCAAAAGUGCCUGGAGAAAUUCAAAAAUCAGUUCUGCAACGACUUCAUGGAUCUCUUCCAUAAAAGAGAGCAAUGUCAAAGGAAGGCACAGGAGUUCACUAGUAAAUGUCUGAAACCAGCAGUCAGAGAAUAUAUCACUAAUGCCUUGGGAGUAGAUCUAAUGGAUGAACUUAUAAAAGGGACAAAAUCCAUUAAUUUCAGCACUCGAUCUUUCUACCAGUUCUCCAUUCUGAAGGAGCUCCUUAUUGAGGAGAAUUUUGAAAUGUUUGUUAGAUACAUCAGUAAAUAUGAAGACUUUGUUAAGGAAUGGAUAUUUAAUGAAAUACUAGAGCACUUCUCUAGAGAAAGCAGCAUUGCACAAUUGGAGGCCAGAUACCUAAAGCAGAUCAUUAGGAAGAUUAAAGCAGCAGUUGACAGUGCCCAGAGGAAAGCAGGCAGUGGCAACUUGGAUAUCUGCAUGUUCAUCAGGGACAUCUGCAAUAAUUUGAGUGAGUUGCUAGUCAUUCCAAGAGAUGCACUGGAUGCAGUUACACUCCUAAUCAAAGCCAAGUCCAAGCAGUUUCCUGAUUGGCUGCUGUCCUCCAUUGAUGAAAUGGAACAGUCCCUGAGUGCAGAGUAUCACAGCAAUAAGGAUGUAAAAAAAAGGCUGGACACACUACCCUUCAAACCCCAGGAUGAGCUCUUCAGGAGGGUGUUUGGCUGUGGGAAGCAGUGUCCAUUUUGCAUGGCUCCUUGUGAGGCUGGCGGGGAGGGUCACCUAGAGCACUUCACCUCGAUUCACCGUCCUGAAGGGCUCGGAAGUUACAGAUGGGAAAUCUCUGAGAUACUGAGCACAGACAUAUGCUCCUCUUGCGUUGCCAGUGAAGGAGUAUUCUGCAGCAGUGAAACAAAGGGAGAAUAUCAUUCAUAUAAGGACUAUCAGAAAUUUUACCCUGACUGGCGCAUCCAGCCUGACACCAGCAUCCAGGCAACAGCCUACUGGAAGUACGUCUUUGCCAAGUUCAACACACAGUUUGCAAUGGAGUAUAAAGCAGAGCCUGCUGACCUGCCACCGGACUGGAAAUCUAUAACCAAAGAAAAAGCGAUGGAGAGUUUGGAGGAGAGAUUCAUGAUGAAAACACAGAAUCAAUAG